AUGGCUGAGGAGGAGGAGGAGGAUCGCAGAGCAAGAAUUUUAGGAGGUGCAGACACGCCCUAUGAGAAAGGAAUAUUCAACCUGGAGAUCAUUGUUCCUGAAAGGUACCCCUUUGAGCCCCCAAAGAUCCGCUUUCUGACCCCUAUCUAUCAUCCGAACAUUGACUCUGCUGGGAGGAUUUGCCUGGAUGUUCUUAAAUUACCGCCAAAGGGCGCGUGGAGGCCUUCCCUGAGCAUCGCCACGCUGCUGACCUCCAUCCAGCUGCUGAUGGCGGAGCCCAACCCUGACGACCCUCUCAUGGCGGACAUAUCCUCGGAGUACAAGUACAACAAGCAACUGUUCUUGUUAAACGCCAGAGAGUGGACUGAGAAACACGCGAGCCAGCAGCAGAGGGCUUCCAAGCCUUUGGAAGAGAAAACGAACCAAAGCGAAACAAGUGCCGCCAAGGAGUCAGCCGUGCAGAAAAGAAAAGGGAGUGACAGCGGCAACAAGGAGAAGAAAUCACGCCUGGAUUCCUAA